UCCAGGUGUCCACAAAAUAUGAGAGGCCACCCGUCUCUGCUGCUGCUAUACCUGGGUCUGACCACCUGCUUGGACACUUCACCCAGUGGGGAGCAAGACCAAGAAGUCUUCCUGGACUCCCCAAAGGCCCAGAACUUCCUGAGCAGCCAAAGCCGUAUUCCACGCGCCAACCACUGGGACCUGGAGCUGCUGACGCCUGGGAACCUGGAACGGGAGUGCCUUGAGGAGAGGUGUUCCUGGGAGGAGGCACGGGAGUUCUUCGAGGACGAUACCCAGACUAAGCACUUUUGGGAGACCUACAUCUACAAUGGCAAAGGAGGGCACGGACGAGCGGACAUAGCAGGCUUGGCAGUGGGGCUGACGUCUGGCGUCCUGCUCAUCGUCCUGGCUGGCCUGGGAGCCUUUUGGUGUCUACACUACCGACGGGGCCGAGGCCAGCAUUCCUGUCCCCAAGAGGCCGUGAUUAUCAGCCCCCUGAAUCCUCCGAGCUCUCUAGGCCCGCCAACACCCUUGCCCCCACCACCACCCCCAGGCCUCCCCACCUAUGAGCAGGCUCUGGAGGCUUCUGGGGUGCACGACGCACCUCCACCCCCUUACACCAGCCUCAGGAGGCCUCCUCACUGA